AGUGGAGUAGUGCAAGAUGAAGCCAGUACUGUUGGUUGUCCUUGCUCUUACGCAGCUGAGUGUAAAAUGUGUCCAUCCAUCAUCAGCUCCACCCAAUAGCUUGAAGGAAAUUGUUGAGGAGGCAGCAAAAACGAAACCAGGACCAAUUCUCAACCCCAGUCUUGAGGGAAUCGUGCCAACACUUGUCCUCAACUCUGCAGAAGAACAUGGGGUUCUGGCUGAGCUUCUGGAGCAGAAUUGGGAGAAGUCUCAUUCUAUAUUUGGUGACAACAUUAAUCUGAAAUGGGUUAGUUGGAACGGGACAAUGCCUAAUGGAGCAAUGUCAAUCUGGAACGGGUAUGCUGAACGGGUAGACUAUGUCUGUAAAUUCAACUGUGAAGCUGGCUUUUACAACCCAAGUAAAGGCCCAUACUGUCGGUAUCCUUAUGCUGAUAAAGAGUAUUAUGCCCCUAAUUUUGAGCUACUGGUCAAUCAGGACCACUUUGAAUUUGUAGAGUGGAUUGAUGGAUCAUAUGGUUCUGUUCCAACAAAUGCCAUCAAAACCUGUUCAGGGGUUGGUAUCUAUGUAGGAAAGAAUAAGUAUGGCUUAGGAAAGGUAGCCACUCAGCAUGAAGCUUUCUUCCUGCCAUGGGAGGGUGACGAGUACUGGUACAAGAAAUAUCAAGUUCUUUCCAUCAAUAGAGAAUCCUACAGCCAGCAUAUAUCCCAUGUUGAGUAUGGAAUAGACCAGAUAGAGCUGUUCCACCACCCUCCUGAAACAUUAAGAUUGUCCUCUGUCACCAACAACGAAUGUCAAACUGUGAAAAAGACAGUUAAUAUAGAAAAAACCACUGAAAUGGAGACUAGCUGGGAUAUAGGCCGCUCAACUAUGCUUGGCAUAACUUCCGGUAUCAGUACAAAAAUUCCCCUGAUCGGUUCUGCGUCUGUGGACUUCACAGCUGAGAAAACAUUUCAGUUUUCUAAAGGCACUGCAAUUGUAGAGUCCAUUAGUCAUUCAAUCUCCCUUGAAAUAAAUAUACCACCCAAUCACUCAUGUACAAUGAGGAUGGAAGGUAAAAAGAUUACUGCCGAUAUUCCCUUCAUAGCACGACUGAGCCGCACAUACGUAAAUGGAGAUACUCACUGGACCACCGUUGCAGGAAAGUACAAUGGUGUGCAGAUAGGGGAGCUGAAAGCAGUGGUAGAUCGAUGCCAACCCAUAGCUGAUGCUGAACCAUGUCCAAAUGUUUAAUCAGAAAGACAACUUUCACAACUUUGGAAACUUUAAAUUGUUAUUUACACAAUCUUUGUACUUCUACAAACCUUGUACAUGUAAUUUCAUUUUACUGAUGUUUGAAAAUGUACCAGUGGAAUGCACAUAUUGAACACAUAAAUAAACUUAAU